GCAGGCGGGUCCAGGAAAGUCACGCCAGGCCGCUAAAACUCUCAACCUAAAGUAAACAUCAUUAACUUUGUUUGAAAUUCGCAGCAUGGCCACAUCAGCUUCUCAACUACGACAAAAGUCAUGGAGACAAGAUAAGUUUCUCAUCUCAACUGACCCCUCAUUGAUCCCAGUCGAUAAAGUCAUCGAAGUCUUUACCUCCGACGAAUUCUACUGGGCAAAACCUCUCCCAGAAGAUGCCACGCGCGAAAUGCUCGACAAUGGUCUUUGCUUCGGUCUCUACGACACAGAUCAAGAAUCACCGCCCCAAUCUCCCGGCAACUCUACCAAAAAGAAGUCCUCCGGCCCAAAGUUCAUCGGCAUAGCUCGGUGCAUUACAGACUUCACAACAGUCAUGUACAUAACUGACGUCUGGGUCUCCCCCGCCUAUCGCAGCGAAGGACUAGGCACAUGGCUUAUGGAAUGUAGCAUGCUUGCUACAGGCGAUUGGGACAAGAGUGUUCCGUUUUAUGAGAGGGUUAUGGGGAUGAAGGUUACGGAGGGGACGAGGGGAGAGACGAGGGCGAUUAUGGAGAGGAGAGGGCGAGGAAAUCCGAGGUAUGAGGAGGAGAGUAAAGUGAGUAACGAGGAAUAG